AUGUCCAUACGGUACAAGAACCUGCAUUUAUUCCUAGCAGCUAAGCUGCUGAUGAGGGAGAUUGUCAAUAAAUAUGUAACCAUGUCAAGCGAGUUUCAUCUUUUGAAUUUCAAAACCUUUCGAAAGGCCCAGGCUGUCAUUUCACUACCGUUCAGGCUUCGACAAGGCCUGCAUGAAAAUUAG